AUUGCGGCUACAUUUGGGUAAUUAGUCGGACCGUGUAUUUACUAACUAAUGUAUAAUGUAUACAUGUAUUGUGUACUGUAUUUAAUUUGGAGCGUGUUAUGUUAAAGAGAUGUUGCUUCACUGUCAGACUUGAAAUAAACCAAGACCAACCUCAGCUAAAUCCACAUAAACCCAAGCUAAACCAAUAAAUUAGUCAGUUAGGUAGUUACAUAACACACGUUAAGAAGUCAGUUUAGUGGGGAUGUCCUCCACUUGAUUAAGCCUAUAUUUGAGGUUUUCUUCUAGACAAUAUGGACAUAAUGCCAAGAGAAACAAGUGAGAAGUCUUCCCACUUCCCAAACAAGGAGUCUCGUUAUCAGUGUUGGGAUUCCAGAGACAAGUUUUGGGAAUGUCUUGAUGCUGGAGGUAAUGAAGAAGUUUGCAAGGAAUUAAGAAAUAAGUACAUUGAACUCUGCCCGGCAAUGUGGGUGAAACAUUUUGACAGAAAAAGAAACUAUCUGGUCUUCAAGGAGCAGAUGAAACAUGGAUAUGAGCCACUGGAUUCCACUAGGACAAAAGAACCAGGGUAGCAUAAGUUUGUAAAUAGUUUCAUAUAAGCUUUUUGUGUUUUGUUUGAUUUCAUUAGUUUUUCUCACAAUUAAAACCAUCUCUUAAAGGUACCAAUCAUCCUUGUUGAGACAUAUUCGUAUACACAUGAGAUACAGUACAGUUGUGUUGUUUUCUCAUCAUUCUUAAGGUCUCGCUCUUGCUAUGGGUUAGUUGUUUAUAUAUUUAUAUAGUAUAGGCAAAUAAGAAUUUUUCACGACUGUUCAAUAAGAAUGUCAAUAAAUUUUCCUUUACUUAUUAUUUAUUGUAAAUAAGCCAUAAUGUAAAUAGAAAACAAAUAAAACAAAGAAAACU